GACGAUGUUCCGGAAUGGGCCAACAGGAUCCUUUGCAUUGUUGUAUGCUGGACGAUCAUGAGCCUAAUAACUAUCUACCCGAACCUUACUCUUAAGAUUAUUGACGCUGUUACCUUCUUUAAAAUGGCGUCCCUCGCUCUCAUCAUCAUACUUGGCUUCGUCCAUUUGUGCCAAGGACACACGGAGAACAUAACGGUAGGAUUUGAGAAUACAAGCUGGAAACCACAGGAAUGGGGGGAAGCUUGGAACAGUGUUCUGUGGGCCUACAAUGGCUGGAUCUCUCUUUCUGUCAUGUUGGGCGAGGUCAAGGACCCCAGGAUGCUGCCAAAAAUAGUGGCGAUAUCAAUGACGAUAGUGACGAUACUGUACGUCUUAGCGGUCACAUCCUAUCACAUUGUACUCGAUAUGGAUACCAUGAUGUCUGGCUCAGCUCUUGCUAGUAAACUAGCUGGUAAAAAGAUGGGACAGUCAGGAGAGGUGUUCUAUGCUAUAGCUGUGGCUGUCUCCACCCUGGGUAACGCCAUGUGUGCUUCUCUUGCAGCUAGCAGGUUCCUCCAAGCUGGUGGCAGAGGUGGAAUAUUACCCGGCUGCUUUGGUCUCGUCAACAAGCGGUUCAAGACACCAAUGUUCUCCCUUUUAUACGUGAUGGUAGCAUCGACGAUAUUCAUUUCGUUUGGGAACGUGUUCAAGUUAAUCAACACCGCCUCCUUCACCAGCUUUGCUUUCACCAGCCUGUGUGCGGUUGGACUCCUCGUGAUGAGAAGAAAGUUUCCUGAUCUACCGAGACCUGUACAAGUUAGUUCAAACCUUUUAGUUAACUAG